AUGAAUAAUACAGAAAGGCGGGUAUCUAUGGCGGAAAGGAGGCCCUCCUCCAUUUUGACGACAGAGCAUAAUAAGUCAGGUAUGAUUGUGCCGCACUUAGCGGGAUUAGAGGACCCUUUGCCUGAAACUACGCCGGAGAAGGUAGAUGUUGUAAUUGUUGGUACUGGGCUUGUGGAGUCGAUUUUGGCUGCCGCGCUAUCUUGGCAGGGAUCAUCAGUGCUUCACGUGGAUAGUAAUAGCUACUACGGUGAUUCCAGUGCGACUUUGACUAUUGAUCAAUUAAAGAACUGGGUAGCUAAAGUGAAUAAUAAUGAAUAUAGUGGCUGUUACCAAGAUGCGAGAUUAUAUGUUUCAAGUAUGGUAAGUCCUCAGGGUAGCUACUCGUCGAGAGACUUUGGUAUCGACCUAUCUCCUAAGAUUUUGUUUGCAAAAUCGGAUCUUUUAUCCAUUCUAACCAAGUCGAGAGUACACCAUUACCUUGAGUUCCGGUCUUUGUCAGAUUUCCAUACCUAUGAAAAUGACAACUUUGAGAAACUGAACAACUCGAAGCAGGAGAUAUUUACUGACCCUACGCUGCCCUUAAUGACUAAGCGGAAUUUGAUGAGAUUUAUAAAGUUCGUACUGGAUUGGGAAACUCAACCGGAGUUAUGGGAGCCCUUUGUAGACAAACCCUUGUCUGAAUUUCUAGAAAAGAAGUUCAAGUUGGAAAAGCCACACAUAUCCGAAUUAAUUUUUUCGAUCGGGCUUUGUUAUACUUACGAUGUUACAACUCCAAAUGGCUUGCAGAGAAUCCGCCGGUAUUUGACUAGUUUCGAUGUAUACGGCCCGUUCCCAGUGUUAUAUUCUAAGUAUGGUGGGCCAGGAGAAAUCGCACAGGGAUUCUGCAGGUCUGCUGCGGUUGCAGGUGCGACAUACAAGCUACAGCAUAAACUGGUGUCUUUCGAUCCCACUUCAAAGGUUGCUACUUUCCAAGACGGCUCGCGAGCUCUAGUAACAGAAAAAGUCGUCAUAUCCCCUACCCAACGUCCUGAAAACAGUAAAAAUCUGCCACCACAACCAUACGAAGUUCAACACCUGACCUGUGUUGUCGAAAAAGACUGUGCAGAAUGGUUCGGGGAAAACAGACACGCUGCAAUUGUGGUGUUCCCACCUUCUUCAUUGAAGACUAAUAACAAGGUUGCUGUCCAGGUUUUAAUACAAUCGUCUGGAAGUGAGACAUGCCCUAACGGUACUUGUGUGUGGUAUUUAACCACAACAGAAACUGGUAAACAGGGUGAGCUAGACCUUGAUGCCACUCUGGAAGCUAUGGAAGCAAGCAUUAUUAGAGAGUCUUCAGAUAUACCCCACAAGGCAGACGUCUUUGAAAUGACUCCAACUGGCCAGUAUAUUGUCAAUUCUGUGAAAUUGGGACAAUCCUUCAUCGAGAAUGCCCCUCAGGAGAGGUUGCAUUUCCUCGUUAAACUAUAUUACAGGCAGUUUACUUCAACAUCUCCCUUCAACGUUGUUCACCCUUCAUUAUUCAAUUUUCAAACUUCUGAGAAAUACGAAGUCGGUGCAUCCGAUAAUGGUAUCUUGUACACUGCAAUGCCCUCUGGAGAGAUAUCCUACGAUGAAGCUAUUACAGCAGCUAAGGUACUAUACGAUAAGAUCGUUGGAAGUGACGACGACUUCUUUGAUAUUGAUUUCGAAGAUGAAGAGGACCAGGAAAUCUCUGGCAAAGUUUACAAUGAAUCGGCCAUCACUGACGAUGACGACGAAGCUGAUAUACUGGACGCAGAAGUCGUUGAGUUCGCAGGCGAAAUGGAAAUAUGA